UGUUGUGCAGUGAGAGAAGAGAUCUCCUCGCUAGUAGUUUCUUUAGGUCUGUUCGUUUCAGCUUAUAAGCCGUCUGAAAAGUUGAAACAGCUGAUUUGUUAUGAAAGGAAAACACUGUUUGGUGGCUGAUAAGCCAGCUGAAUAAGCUGAAGAGAACAGACCCUUUAUCUUUUGCACUGUUCAAUGGAUAAACAAUUAGCUCCGUGGCCUUAUCAUCAGCAACCGGCGGCCUACGCUCACGGCUCACCCGAGAAACCGAGGGAGACAGGGAGAUCGAUGGCCGCGCCGGAUCCGCCGCCACGGCCCGGGAAGCCCCCGCUGCCGUGGCGUGCGCGGCUGCUUGUGGGCGCCGCCUCCACCCUGCACGGGGCCUCGCUCCGCGGCGACGGCACCGUCAACCGAUUCCUGCUCUCCCUAUUCGACCGCGCAGCGCCGCCCACCCCGGCCCCCGUCGCCGGCGUGGCUUCCACGGACCACGCCGUCUCCGACCACCUGCGCGUUCGUCUCUUCACCCCCACGACCACUGGAGAUGGUGACAGCAAGCAGCUCCCGGUGGUCGUGUACUUCCACGGCGGCGGCUUCGUCUUCCACUCCGCGGCGACGGCGCAGUACGACGAGCUGUGCCGCCGCCUCGCCUCGGCCAUCCCAGCCGUCUUCGCCUCCGUUGACUACUGCCUCGCGCCCGAGCACAAGUUCCCGGCGCCCUACGACGACGGCGAGGCGGCUCUCCGGUGGGUCCUCGCCGGGGCGGGCGACGCGCUCCCGUCUUCCCCCGCGGCCGUCUUCGUGGCCGGCGACAGCGCCGGCGGCAACGUCGCCCACCACGUUGCCGCGCGCCUUCCGAACAACGUCGCGGGCCUGGUUGCCUUGCAGCCGUUCUUCGGCGGCGAGGCGCCGACGCAGUCCGAGCUGCGGCUACGCGGCGCGCCGUUCGGGGCGCCCGAGCGGCUCGCGUGGCUGUGGCGCGCGUUCCUGCCCCCCGGCGCCACGCGGGACCACGAGGCCGCCAACGUGCCGGCCGCGAUCCGGCGCGACGCCGACGGGGGAGAGGGGCGGUGGCGCGCGUUCCCGCCGACCCUCGUGUGCGUCGGCGGGUGGGACGUGCACCAGGACAGGCAGAGGGCGUACGCGGAGGCGCUCCACGCCGCGGGCGCGGUUGAGGUCACCGUGGCGGAGUACCCGGACGCCAUCCACGCGUUCUACAUGUUCGAGGAGCUCGCGGACAGCAAGAAGUUGGUGGCCGAUGUCGCGGAGUUCGUGAACCAGCGCACAGAGCAGCUGAAGAAACGCGAGCUAGAUCGUGCAAAACACUAGUGCUAGUAUCUACUAUCCUUUUUGCGGAUUGUUGCAAUGCAUGAAUUCAUAUAAAAAUCGCACGAAACAGCUUACUUCGUGGUUGGAAUUUAGAAAAUUAUCUAAAUUACCCUAGUUCAAAAGUGAAAAUACGAAGCUUUAGACACGUAUAAAGUUGUCAUUUGGUGCUCGCAGUAUGACAUUUGGCACGAUUCAAUGCAUUGCAUGUGGCAUACCGCAUACAAAACCUUUAGGUACAAAUGCGAAGCCCAUGCACUUAGGAUCACGGCACGGCACACGAUGUAUUGACGAGCUAAUAUGGUAAUAUAAGAAAAAAAUGUUUCUUUUUA